AUGUUCACCAGUCCUAUUCUACUCGCUCUCUGGCUGUUUGGAAUUGGCGCUCAGGCACAGACUUAUUCUGCGACAUAUCUGCCUUCAAAUGCCCCCAAUCAGACCGAGCAGGGACAGAGUGGGACAAACCAGUGCGGGAAUGGCACGAGUCAGACUUCCGAAUGCCAAAACGCCUACUUGAAUUCAGUAGACGAUUUCUGUGUGUUUGCACCUCCGGAUCCGGGUCCAGGUUCGGUUAUUGGGAACACUGAGCGCAUUGAAGUUGCGUGGUGCAUCAAAAGCGGUUACGGAACACGAGUCAUUCCUGACGGCACCAUCUCAGGAGCUCACUUUGUACAGACCCCGGACUAUGUCCAAAUCACUGGUGUCGGGGACUUGACCAAAAUCAACAUCCCUGCAGGUGAUGAGGGCGGUGAGCUUGAUCCCCAUGGCGCAGAUGGCAAUGGCAACCCGAUCGGAGGCCUCGUUUUUUCUUCGGCGUUCGGGCAACUCCAGCAACUCCACGAGUGGACUAAUUUUGUCUCGGCCACGGAAUUCUGCUUCCGUGGUUGCAAGGACGGCCCCAACGCACCCGCGCUCUGCGAGCAUAUAUACGAUGUUAUGGGUUGCAGUUGGAACAUGCCAGGCGACUACUCGAACGGCACGUUUGAUCGGUGCGCAGGCGACUCUGGCGAGCCAAUGGGCGUAUACGGAACUUCCACCUUCCAUCAAGGCGAUCCUGUCACCCCCUCCGCGCACCCUGCGCCUGCCAGCUCUUCUUGUACCCCUCUGACAAGCAUAGGAAAUGGACUGGCUGUUUCGGGAGCGCCGAUUUCGACGACUUCAGCUGCGUCCUCGACCAUCACGGGGAGCUCUAGUAGUAGAACUGUCGCCAGUCAGACAAGCUCUUCUGCCAGCCCGUCAAACACCGCCGGAGCCGCAAUUAUCGGCGCUCGUGUGCCAGCCGUUGGUGCACUGAUUGGUGUGGUCGUAGUCGGGUUGGCCGGCGUUAUGGGCGUCUGAGUGAUCGUGUGAUGACAUUUGAUUUCUUUCAGCGACCCUUCUUUAACGGUCCUUGCUUCAACGACUCUCGAUGCCCUACUCUUUUCUUUCUAUCUUACUGCUCGCUGGUCUUUUGGGGUAUUGGGUACCAUUUUCGUGGACUAUUUGAACAGUCAUAUCUAUUAGUAAUGCGGAGGAGAUCUAUUCACGUUUGGACACGAUUCGCACUUUGCUAUCUACAAGCUCUAUCUCAUGAUUUAUCUUUCGGACAAUUUUUUCAUGUCUCACGAUACGUAGUUCUUAACUGCUCCGUAUCGAAAUAUACCUCUCCCUUUC